CCUACGAGGGUGAGUUUAGGAAAAGACGGAGCCACCCUGUCAAUCACAAUGAAGGAACCAUGGGAGUAAACUGCCUGGAAAGGUCGCCUUAGCCUGUGUGUUUCCAUAGAAGAGUGUUUUAAAUGCUUUGAGGACGCCAAGUAUGCUCCGCACCAGUGUGGGACGUCUACACCUGAUCGCGCAAACUGGGAAUGGACGGAGAUUAGCAUGAGGCGUCACGUUUAACAACAAAACUUCGCGGCUCCUGAGUUGUCUGCGCCUUUUUGCGACCUCAGCGUUGCAAAAUCCACGAGCAGCCGCAGAUAUUUGUACAAAAGGCGGCGCCGCGGAGGCUUUUAUGCUCCCCAGGUCAAGGAUAAGCGCGUAUUUGAGUACAACUGGGUGAAAUCUGGUCUGUGCAUUUCAAAGAGCUGCUUUGUCGGCACUCAAGAAGACACUCCCAAAAACAAGCGAAGACAAACAAGCUUUCUCCGCUCCAGCUCCGAGAAGGAGGGUAGGAAAGGGAGCAGAUAUGAGCGGGGGAGAGGUGGUGUGCUCGGGCUGGCUCAGAAAGUCUCCUCCUGAAAAAAAGUUGAGACGUUACGCAUGGAAGAAGCGGUGGUUUGUUCUUCGAAACGGCCGUCUGACGGGCGACCCAGACGUGUUGGAGUACUACAAGAAUGACCAUACCAAGAAGCCCAUCAGAGUCAUAGACCUCAACUUAUGUGAGCAGGUGGAUGCUGGCCUGACGUUUAACAAGAAGGACCUGGAGCACAGCUUCAUCUUCGACAUAAAGACCAUUGACCGCGUGUUCUACCUGGUGGCCGACACUGAGGAGGAAAUGAACAAGUGGGUCCACUCCAUCUGCGAAAUCUGUGGCUUCAACCCCACUGACGACGAAGCUGCCAAAGCCUCUUCCCAUUCGUCCACAGGCCAGGUGGUGGACACGCCCCCACACCCCGCUCACCAUGGCCACCUCAUGGGCCCGGCCGCGUCUGUGCUGUCGGCUGUCCCUCCUCCAUAUCAGCCUGUCCACGUCGCUCACCUCGAGUCCCAGUCCAGUUCGGAGGAGCCCACGGAGGACUAUCUGUGGUUGGUCAACUGUGAGAGCAAGAAGCCUGAGCCCUACAGGGCUCACGCAAAGUCUACCUCUUCAGAGACCGACCUGAACGACAACGUCCCCUCCCACCGCACGCCCACCUCCACCACGUCGGCCAAACACACCUCGCACAACGGCUUCUUCGCCCAGCACCACGGCCCCGCCUCCGCCUCCUCCAUCUACGACUCCCCUCCUUCGCGGGGCACCUCCUUUUCCACUGACUCUGGCCUCUACCACCUGCCCCGUAGCUACUCCCAAGACACUGUGCUCGCCCCCAGAUCCGCGCCCUCCCCGUCCACGCACCCGGACAGCACGGCCGCCGAGAUUUACACUUUCAACACGCCGACUCGGAAGGCGUCCAUGGAGAUGCAGAUGCGCAACAUGUCGAUCAGUUACGAUUUCCCCACCACCCCCGGUUCGAACUGUACGUACCAAGUGCCCCGUACGAUGCCUUCCACGGGGUCGGAGAGCGGCGGGGACGUGGUGCCACCUCCGAGACCUCCCAAACCUUCUCUCACGUCCACGUCGGGACUGCCGCCGCCCCCCGCCGAGCGCUCGCCGACGGACAACUACUGCGUGCCCAGGUCGGCCUCGGAGACGGACGGGAACUACUGCGUGCCCACGGCGGCCGGAAACAAGGCUCUGCGCAGUAACACCAUCGGAACUGUGGACUGUUCACGGAUACGGAAAGAUUUUGGAUCACAGGACUGCUAUGACAUUCCUCGGUCGUUUCCCUCUGACAAAAGCUGCUCAUUUGAUUUCAAUGAAAGCUUCAAUAGUUAUUUUAAAAACAAAGGUAUGAUGCCCUUGGGGAGCCAGUCCACCGAAGAGAUGGAUCAGAACUACGUGCCCAUGAGCGCCAACUCCCCGUCGCACCACUCGGGCAGCCUGUCUGAGCCCAUCCACGAAGCCAACUACGUGCCCAUGACCCCCAGCAGCAUGGAGUUCUCCUCUCUGGGUAAACAGGUGCCUCCCCCUGCGCACAUGGGGUUCAGGUCCAGCCCCAAGACCCCCCCUCGUCGCCCCAUGAUGAGCGAAUGCCAGCCCCCUCCAGUGGACCGCAACCUCAAACCUGACCGUAAAGGUCAAAGUCCUAAAAUAAUAAGAGCAAAAGGUGUGGGUUUAGAGAGAACGGACUCUCAAACCGUAGGUGAAUUCCCCAGGGGACGACGUAAGGGAAAACCCGCCCCACUGGAGAUCAAACCUCUGCCGGAGUGGGAGGAGCCUUGUACCCCGGUCCGCUCGCCCGUCACGCGCUCGUUUGCCAGAGAUUUCUCUAGGUUUCCAAUCCCACCGCGACCUGCGUCAGUGCAUAGUACAGCCUCCAGCACUGACUCUGAAGAAUGUGAUGACAAUUAUGUGCCAAUGGUGCCCCCAGACGAACCAAACAUGAAGCUUGUUCCACCAAUGACUGCUGAUGGUGGAAGCAGCCCCAUGUCGAAACCCAAAGGAGACAAGCAGGUGGAGUAUCUCGAUUUGGAUCUUGAGUCUGGAACCUCUACUCCACCGAGAAAGAUGAAAAGCAAUGGGGCGGGCAUGCCUGCGUCAGACGAGCGCGUGGACUACGUGGUGGUGGACAGGCAGCGGACUCAGGCUUUAAAGAGCACCCGAGAGGCCUGGAACGACGGCCGGCAAUCCACAGAGACAGAGACCCCCAACAAAGGAACCAAGUGAAGAGCAGAGUCCCACCCUUCCCCACUUUCUCCCCCCAGCCUACAGCAGCCCCCCACAGAGCUCAGGCCUGUUUAACUCUUGGAGGCUCUCGUGAAGCCCUGGUCCCGUCUGUGCUGUUCUCAGUGGGAGAGUGGAGCUGCUGUCUGUCUGGAGCUCACUGUGCUUCUGUACGUGGAGUGUCGGCCAAGAAUAAGCUGUAUGCAAUGUGAACGCAGGUGACAGACUGGACUUGAAUAGGGUUUGACUGUUGCCCCCUUUUGUGGAUACAUUUUCUUUUUCAAUCAGAGUCCAAAUUUUUGCUUUGUUUUUCACCUUGAGUUAACAUUUCCUAAAUUUUUAAUGCUGUUCUCGUUCUGAAUUCAAGGUAAAAUCGUAGAUUGCGACAGCUAGCGCGGAGUUGCUCGAAACUAUUUUGAUAACUUGACUUGAUUUCAAACGGCAAACAGUCUGGCCAAUGGUAUGAAGUUGUUAUUGGAGCAGUUUGUGAAUCUCUAAUGAGAAAUGCGACUUUUACAACGCCGCUUUUCAGUCUUCCUGGCUGGUCUCUUCCAGGACAAAAUCUAAAAUCCACCCGGAAAACAACAGCAUAUCUGAUCCUGCUUUAAUUACGUGUUAAACUUUGGAACUUUUGCACUGAUUAAACAUAAAAGAGGCUUUAUUUAGCUUUAAACCAAUGAAAACUGGUAAUUAGCUUAAUGAACCCCAUAUCAGACCUUGCACUGCCAGUGUUCAGAUUCCAGUAUUUUACACGCACUUGCCAGCUUAUUAAAGGUGCAUUGUGUAACUUUUCUGGUGGAGGGAUCGUCACCUGCUUGUUUCUGUACUGUUGUUGUCUUUAGUCUGCCUGGAAUGUUCCACAGUAUGACAUUAAGCAGCUCUACUUGAUUUUUAUUCAAUUACAAGUGGUUUUAUAGCUCAAAAAUACCUACAAAAACAGACAUUCUGACUGUGAGCAGGGUCGUCUCUCCACAGAUCUGACCUGUAACUUGGUCUGGUUUGGUUUCCAAGGAGAUAGAAAGGUUUAAUACCAUACGGUGAAACAUUCAAGACAAAGCAAUAACCAGAAGGAGGCCCCAGGGAAGAACCAGGACACGUUGAAGGGUCUCUUGGCUGGCCUGGGAAAGCCUCGGAGUCCCCCCUUGGAGGAGCUGAAGGAAGUGUCUGGGGUGAAGGAAGUCUGGGAGUCCCUGCUUAGACUGCUGCCCCCUUGACCCAGCUCUGGAUAAGCGGAAAAAAACACGGAGAAAAGCAUUUGACCGACCCUCCACCACAAAAAGUUGCACCUUUACGAACACGGUCUACAAAGCCGUUUAGUUCUUCAUAUACACUUUUUUUUUCAUUACAGUAAUCUACAGGGAUAUUUCGGAUUGUUUCUCAGUCUCUGACAUAUGCAAGCACCAGAUUCACAGAUGUUUUGCUACAAUGACAACAGCCUUAUGGACGUGGAUUCUCUCUGUCAGUCUAUGUAGGGAUAACUGUGAUCUCCAAGGACAUGCACAACUCACGCGGUCAGUUUUGGGCUACGUUCAGUUCGAAUUUUAUUAUUUUUUUCAACUUUUUCCACAAGUGCUUCAAUCCAUCACGAUAAAAGCACAAAACUGUACAAAAGUGUUAUGUAAAUAUCCAAAUAAGUGUCCUUUAUUUGUAUGCGUUUUCCAGUGUGUGACUAAAAGGCUUGUGGAUUCUGCAGGGUAGAAUCCUCCGUCUGAUCGAAUAGCGUCAGGACUAAAGAAUGAAUUACUGUGAGUUUAAAUCCAUUGUGACAUGAUUUCUCUAGGUUAUGCAAAGGUGGUAAACUUAGGCUAGAGAGAGCAAAUCAGGUACUCUUUGCAAUGACAUACUAUUAACAGCUAUUCAUUUGUAAUUUAUUUUUCACAUUAUUUUAUCGGGAGAUGUCCUGUUCAUUUUGUCUGCAUAGUUUUACAUGCACCGCAGUUACAUUCACAUGCUCACUGAGAUUCCAAACUCUGUUGUCUUAGGUUUAAUUUAUUUGAAAUUGAACUGCCAUAAUGUUUUAAUCAAACCCUCAUGUUCUCAUCGACAUAAGUCUGUGCUUCAAGCCUCACGCAUGUGUUCAUCAAAUACAAUAGUUCUGCUGUAUAUAGACUGCCAUUGAUUUGAUAAAUGAUUAAAAAUUUGCCUACUAAGCCA